UAACUAGUUCGAAUAUAUCGAUUGACAGAAAUUCAAGUCUAUCUUAUCUUAUAUAUCGACAAUCUCAUUGUUUCCUUCAAAAGUAAAUCGAAACUCAAAUCUAAAAUAUUUGUUCGUGAAGGAUGGAUUACGUAGACAAGGCAAAGAAUUACGUAUCAGAGAAGGUGGCGGAGAAGGUGGCGGAGAUGGAGAAGCCAGAAGCAACGGUUAUGGAGGUGGAUGUGAAGAAUAUUAACUUUGAUAGCAUUUCAUAUCAUGCUAAAGUUUCUGUUACAAAUCCUUACAAUGUUCCAAUUCCUAUCAUGGAGAUUGCUUAUGUUGUAAAAUGUGGGGGCAGCAGGAUAGUAGCUACCGGUACAAUUCCAGACCCUGGCUCAUUGAAGGCGAAAACCACAACCCUAGUAGACGUGCCAGCAAAGGUUCCACACAGCGCGAUCUUGAGCUUAGUGAGGGAUAUUGCAGCAGAUUGGGACAUAGAUUAUACACUUGAAUUGGGUUUUAUUAUUGAUCUUCCUGUAUUUGGUAACUUCACCAUUCCCCUUACUUAUAGUGGCGAAUACAAACUUCCUACAUUGUCUGAUUUAUGGCGAGGUGACGGGGAAGAAGAGAAAGAAGAGAAAGAAGAAAAAGAAAAGAAAGAGAAGAAAGAAGAGAAAGAAAAGUAACAAACUUAUUGUAUUGUGACAUUGAACAUUAUUUUCAGAAAAAUUAGCUAUGAAAUUCGUCAGUUAAAAUGUUUGUAACUAGUAUAAGUUUUUGAUAAUUUGUUGCUAAAUAGGAAUAGUGAUGAACUUUUCUAUGUAGCUAUAAAAAAACUUAUUAUCGCUAA